AUGGCACUGUAAUAAAUGACAGACAAAAGCCAAAAUAAGAAUACAAAUGAUACUUGAGAAAAGCGCUCUUUUCACGCAAUUACUUGCUUUAUCUACACAGAUUCUUCCAGAUAAUUGCUGAACCGUCCUCCGAUUGUGAAAAACCCAUUCAGAUCCAGAGACUACUUCAGAGAUGUGUGGCGGUGGUGUUCAGAGUUUUGGUUAAAUUAAUGGUCGCAGAUAGUAUUGAAAUUGAAAAAUAAUUAUAAAUCCCUACCUACAUCCUUUUAGGGCUCGCAAUCCUGGGGGGAUUUCGGUGUAUUUUGCCCUUCUGUUGCUCAGAUUGGCUGCUGCGUAUUUGCCAUCUUGGUAUGGAUAACAUGGAUAUCGAUUCGCCUGCUGAACCUAAAACUCUCAAGCGCCGUGAUCGAGUUAUUCGGAGGCUUGCUCAACUUGGAGUUCCUGAGGAGUACCUUGAAAGACGGUAUCCUGGUAUAGUUGCUUUUGUCAUGGAUAAUCCAACCUGGAUUCCCGAUAUAGUAUCUGCUAUUUUACCUCCUGAUGAGGAUGUAGCAGAUAAUCUCCAGGAAACUAAGGCAGGAUUAAAAAAGGUGCUGAACCCAACGAUGAAACAACAGUUCAGGGAAUGCAUGUGUUGGUUACAGUGGAUCAUGUUUCUGGGUGAACCAGCAGUCGCUCUAAAAAACCUUUCCAAAAUGAGUACCAGUCGUGGUGUUUGUGGGGCAGUUUGGGGAAAUAAUGAUAUUGCAUAUCGGUGUCGAACAUGUGAACAUGAUCCAACUUGUGCCAUUUGUGUUCCUUGUUUUCAGAAUGGAAACCACAAGGACCAUGAUUAUUCUAUUAUUUACACAGGUGGAGGAUGUUGUGAUUGUGGGGAUGUGACAGCAUGGAAACGGGAGGGCUUCUGCUCAAAACACAAAGGUGCCGAACAGAUACAACCUCUUCCAGAGGAGUUUGCAGACUCUGUAGGGCCUGUGCUUGAUGCUUUAUUCAUUUGUUGGAAAAAUAAACUUGUAUCUGCUGAAAUCAUUUGCCAGGAAAAUCCUAAAACAAGUGACUGCAUUUUUAUGCCAAAGAAGGUUGCAAAUGAGCUAACGUAUGUGGUGGUUGAGAUGUUGCUCGAGUUCUGCAAGCAAAGUGAGAGUUUGCUUAGUUUUGUUUCUAGGAGGGUGAUCUUAGUGGUUGGUUUAUUGGAGAUUUUGGUAAGGUCAGAGAGGUUUUUGAGUGAAGGUGUUGCAAGGAAACUUAAUGAGCUGCUUCUGAAGUUACUGGGAGAACCGGUCUUUAAGUAUGAGUUUGGUAAAGUAUUUUUAAGUUAUUACCCAUUAGUUGUAUGCGAAGUCAUAACAGAAGGCACUGAUGAUGCUCUCAGGAAAUACCCACUGCUAUCAACAUUCUCGGUGCAAAUCUUUACAGUGCACACUCUAACCCCACGACUUGUGAAGGAGAUGAACCUACUUGCCAUGCUUUUGAGAUGCUUAGGAGAUAUAUUUAUCCAUUGUGCAGGAGAAGAUGGUCGCCUACAGGUUAGCAAGUGGGGAGCUUUGUAUGAGACGACUAUUCGUGUGGUUGAAGAUAUUCGAUUUGUUAUGAGCCAUGGUAUUGUGCCUAAAUUUGUAACUAACGCCCAGCGUGAUAUCUUGAGAACUUGGAUGGGACUUCUGUCUUUUUUGCAAGGAAUGAGUCCCCUAAAGAGGGAAAAUGGCCAACCCCCUGAGGAGGAAAAUGAUAAUGUGAAUUUGCUUUUUGUUUUAGAUCAUUCUUUUGCCAAUAUUCAUUCUCUUUUGGUGGAUGGAGCAUUUUCUAGUAAUGAAGAGACGGAUAAUAUUUUUUCUGUCAUGAGUAAACAAAAUGUGGAUGAGGAAGAUAGCAUGAGACUUGCAAAAGUAGGAAAGUUAUCUGAGGAAAGCUCAGCUUGUGGUGUUCCAGGGAGGAACCUUUCAGUUGUUUCAGCAAUGCAGGUUGUUGAAGAUAAAUCAGAUUCCUUUGCUAGUUCUUUCAUACCUUCGUCUGCAACAAGGUUAAUAUAUGAUUGCUUGCGGGCCAUUGACAAUUGGUUAGGAGCUAAUCAUACAUAUGGGGCUGUAUCAUCUUCAAGUACUGACAGCAGUUCCAAUAGCAACUUUUUACUGUUGAAGAAAACUUUAUCUAAGAUUAGUAAAGGCAAACAUAUUUUUAGUGGAUUUGCUUGUUCAAUUGAAGAUAAUAGUAGGAAGCGUUUUAUGGGUGCAGAAAAUAUUAAAAAUAUAGGGCAGGAUAGCAAUGCAGUGGUUUCUGGUGACAAUGAUACUGCCAGUUUUGAUGAGAGCUCAAUGGAGGCAAAUACUUCCACAGAAUUAGACUCCUUGCAUAUUUUGAGUUCAUCUGAUUGGCCAAAUAUAGUUUAUGAUGUUAGUUCACAGGAUGUAUCUGUUCACAUUCCCUUACACAGAUUACUUUCAUUGCUCUUACAAAAGGCAUUAAGAAGGUGUUAUGGUGAAUCUGAGGUGCUUAGUGCAUCUAGUGCAAGCAUUUUCACCCCAUCAUCUUCAAUGUAUGAUGGUGAUUUCUUUGGAAAUGUCCUUGGUGGAUGUCACGCUAACGGGUUUUCUGCAUUUGUCAUGGAGCAUCCAUUGCGCAAUAGGGUGUUUUGUGCUCAGGUUCAUUCUGGAAUGUGGAGGAGGAAUGGUGAUGCUGCCAUUUUAUCUUCUGAGUGGUACCGUUCAGUUCGAUGGUCUGAACAAGGUUUAGAACUUGAUCUUUUUCUCCUGCAGUGCUGUGCUGCAUUGGCUCCUGCUGACCUUUUCGUCAAUAGAAUUAUAGAAUGCUUUGGGCUAUCAGAUUACCAUUCUUUGAGCCCUGAGAGAUCUACCGAGUAUGAACCAGUUCUGGUGCAGGAAAUGCUUACGCUUAUCAUGCAAAUUGUUCAAGAAAGGCGAUUUUCAGGGCUAACUCCUGCUGAAAAUUUGAAAAGAGAGUUAGUUCAAAAGUUAGCCAUUGGAGAUGCUACACAUAGUCAAUUGGUGAAGUCUUUGCCUCGGGAUCUUUCAAAGUAUGACCAACUUCAGGAAAUUUUAGAUUCAGUUGCUGUGUAUUCUAAUCCAUCUGGCUUCAAUCAGGGAAUGUACUCUUUACGCUGGACAUAUUGGAAAGACCUGGAUCUGUAUCAUCCUCGAUGGAACUCAAGGGAUUUGCAAGUGGCAGAAGAAAGAUACAUGCGCUAUUGUAAUGUCUCAGCAAUGACCACUCAGCUGCCCAGGUGGACAAGGAUUCAUCCUCCUCUCAAGGGUGUAGCUGGAAUAGCCACUUGUAAAGUGGUCCUAAAAAUUAUCAGAGCUGUUAUAUUUUAUGCUGUUUUCUCUGAUAAGUUGAACGCAACACGGGCACCUGAUGAUGUUCUUAUAAUGGCUUUACACUUGCUGUCAUUGGGUUUAGACAUUUGUUUGCAGUGGAGAGAACCUAGUGGCAUGUCAUGUUCCAAUGGAGAUUCCAUUACCAUGCUUGCAUUUGCUUGUGAAGAAAUUCACGAUGGAUUAAAUUAUGGUGCUGGUAAACAGAGUUUGCUGUCACUUCUUGUAUCAUUGAUGAGGAUGCAGAAGAGAGAGAAUGCAGACAACUUUUUGGAAGCGGACUCUUCUAACUUUUCUUCUUUGAUUGAAAGCUUAUUGAAGAGGUUUGCAGAGGUAGAUUCUGGGUGCAUGGCUAAACUGCAACAGCUCGCACCUGAAGUGGUCAUUCAUUUAUCAAAAGCACUUCCUAGUAAUGAUGUGCAUACUGCAGGAUCAGUUUCUGAUAGUGAGAAGCGCAAGGCCAAAGCCCGAGAGAGACAGGCUGCUAUAUUGGCAAAAAUGAGAGCUGAGCAGUCCAAGUUUUUGUUGAGCAUUAAUUCUGCUUCUGAUCAUGAUUCAAAAUCUGGAUUAGAUGAAAGCAACAAGGAUAGGGAAGAUCUAGAAGAGUCUGCACAAGAUAUUUGUUCCCUUUGCCAUGAUCCUAAUUCCAAAAGUCCUGUGUCCUUCUUGAUUCUUCUUCAGAAAUCAAAGCUUUUGAGCUUAAUUGACAAAGGUCCCCCAUCUUGGGAUCAAGAUUGGCCGUCUGAUAAGGAGCAAGCUGUUCUGAAUCUAGCUACAAACAAAGUAGGUGAUCAAGCUGGCUCAAACUCUUCUUCAAGCGGUACAGGAGUGAUUUCAUCUAAUCAAUUAGCGCGGCUGGUUCAAAAUGCAAUUAAUGAGUUUGCUGAUUAUGCUCAACCUGGGGAAAUAAGUAAUUUUCUAGAAUUUGUGAAAGCUCAGUUUCCAUCAUUCAGGAAUGCUGCAACCCCUAGCUCAUUGAAGAAUGGAGUUGAUAGAACUGCAUGUACCCUAGAGACACUAGAACAAGAUAUGUACAAAGCCAUUCGUAAAGAGAUGAGUGAUAAUAUUCUACUUUCCGGUUCUGGAGUCAAGAAUGCAGAAUUUUCAGCAGAUGAAGGUUACAUUAGAGGCAGCAAGGGUUCUGAUUCUGUGUUGCUUGGAAAAUACAUAGCUGCCUUUUCGAGAGAGAGGACAGAGCACCCUUCAUCUUCUGAAGAUACUCUUGAUGACAUUGCUAGGGUGGAUUCCACUUCUCAGGUUUCCACGUCUUAUGGACUUGGACCAGCUGAUUGUGAUGGGGUUUACUUGUCUUCCUGUGGACAUGCUGUGCACCAGGGCUGCCUUGAUCGAUAUUUAUCUUCAUUGAAGGAAAGAUAUGCAAGAAGAAUUAUUUUUGAAGGAGGGCAUAUUGUUGACCCUGAUCAGGGUGAAUUUCUCUGCCCUGUGUGCCGUCGGCUUGCCAAUUCUGUCUUGCCUUCAUUGCCUGGGGAUUUCCAGAGGGUUUGGACGGAGCCUAAGAUAUCAACUGUUACUUCAACAAAUGCUGUAGGACAUUUAGCUACAUCAAUUGAGGGAAGUAAUUUGCUUUGGCUGCAACAGGCCUUGGCUCUCUUAAGAUCUGCUGCAAACUAUGUGGAGAAGAGAGAUAUUUGGAAGAUUUUUCCCCUGCAAAGAAAUGAAAGAAUGAAGCAAAGUCUUAAUUCAAUUUCUCAUGUUCUCUGCAAAAUGUACUUUCCAAGCAGGCAGGACAAGUUCUCAAGAUCCAAGAAGGCAAACCAUUAUGUAAUUAUGUGGGACACACUUACAUAUUCCCUUAAAUCUAUGGAGAUCGCUGCUCGUUGUGGUAGGACUUGUAUGACUCCAAGUUACAGUCUUAAUGGCUUGUACAAGGAACUUGAAGCUACUGAUGGAUUUAUAUUUUCAUUGUUGCUAAAGAUUGUGAAUAGUUUGAGAAGUAAGAGCUCUCUUCAUGUGCUUCAAAGAUUUAGAGGCAUUCAGAUCUUUGCUGAGUCCAUUUGUUCGGGAGUUGAGAUGGACCAUGCUGAUAGUGCUUAUGGAUGUGGAGGUGAUAUGUCAUCCAUUUUGAAACAUGUCGAGAAAGAAGUACCAUAUCCUGACAUGCAAUUUUGGAAGCGAGCAUCUGAUCCCAUCCUUAGUCAUGAUGCUUUUUCGUCGUUGAUGUGGGUUCUCUUCUGUCUUCCACACCCAUUUUUUUCAUGCGAGGAAUCUUUGUUAUCCCUUGUCCAUAUCUUCUAUAUAGUCUCUAUAACUCAGGGUAUACUUACUUGUUGUGGGCAGCAUCAAUAUACAAGGGAACCAGGUUUGAAUGAUUGCCUGAUUUCUGACAUCACCAGAGUUUUAGAAGAAUCUGGAUGGAUCCAGCAGUAUUUUGUUUCAAAGUAUAUGGAUACAUAUUCCAAUACCAUAGAUGCAAUUCGUAGAUUGAGUUUCCCUUAUUUGAGGAGGUGUGCAUUGCUUUGGAAAUUGUUAGGCACUUCUUUCUCAGAACCAUUCCAUAAUGGGGAUCAUGUGCUGCAUGCCCUCGAUGAUGACACAGUGGACUACAUGGAUGAUGGCAUAGUUGAGCUCAAUGAAGUUCAGAAACUAGAAAAGAUCUUCAAGAUUCCACCACUGGAUGUUGUUUUCAAGGACCAUGGAAUACGAUCUUUAGUUAUGAAAUGGUUACGUCACUUUCAGAAGGAAUAUGAAUUCUUUGGUUUUCAAUCUGUUUUGCAUUCCACACCUGUAGUUCCAUUCAAAUUGAUGCAGCUUCCUCAUGUAUACCAGGAUCUACUUGAGAGGUAUAUAAAACAACGUUGUGCUGACUGCAAGACUAUCAUUGAUGAACCUGCUCUAUGCCUGUUAUGUGGUAGAUUAUGCUCCCCGAACUGGAAGAUGUGCUGCAGGUGACUAUAUCAAGGGUGUUGUUUGACACUACCUGUACCAAGAAAAGCUCAUCGAAUUUUCAGCCUAUCACCGAGACGCGACCCUUCUCCGAGCACGUGAAUGUCCUCAUGCGACGCCACAACAUUCUGCAUCUCUUUACACGCGUCGACACUUGAGCCUUUCUCCGGCAUCCUUUUCCCUCGACGCUCCUUUUCGGCCCUCUUUCCAGCAUGUUGCGCUUCUGACUGGCCUUUUUCCAGGGAAAGUGGAUGCCAACCUCAUGCAAUGGCUUGUGGUGCUGGGAUAUGUGUAUUUUUGUUGAUCAAGAGAACUACAGUUCUGCUACAAAGAUGUGCACGACAGGCUCCUUGGCCAUCUCCUUACUUGGAUGCAUUUGGUGAAGAGGAUAUUGAAAUGCAUAGAGGAAAGCCACUGUAUCUGAAUGAGGAGCGUUAUGCUGCUCUAACAUACAUGGUUGCUUCUCAUGGCCUUGAUCGAAGUUCUAAAGUCCUUGGACAAACUACCAUUGGUUCUAUCUUCUCGGUGUAGUUUGGUAGAUGUUCUUCAAGGUCUGUAUGAAGAAUCUUCUGCAAGUGCCAAAAAGCUGACCUUUGAUUGGGCUGAAUGUGUUAGAAUCUUGGACUAAGCUGUUGUUUGUUAAGGUUGGGUAAGCAGCAGUUCAUUCAGUUAAAUUUGCAGGAAUUUUGGAGUCUUCUUUCCAGGCCAGAUCUAAUGGUUAUGUUUCCCGCCUCUGAUGUUCAGUGGUUGUACAGUUAUUAGUGCAGUGGAAGGCCCCAUUUGCGAUCAUGUUCACUAAAUUAGGGAUAUCCUUCAUGUAACAUUCAAAUCUGCAUCUGAUGACCUGUACAGCUACAUGUUCUCUUCCAUAUCAAGUAGCCGAUAGAAAACCAGUAUUCACAUUACUUCUCAUUUUCUUCUUAUGUUUAUUUUCCCCUUCUUUCUUUUCUUUUCCCCCGGUAUUUUGCCAUUUGUGUGGGAUGGGAUUUUCAGCUGGCAAAGGUUGUGGUAAUGAUGCAUGAGUGAAGUGGUGGAUGACAUUUUGUAAAUGCUGUACAUAGCUCUCUUCUCUAUCAUUUAGCGAGCCGUUUUUUAAAAUGAUAAAUGUAGCUCAAAAUAUGAAUCGGUUUCGACCUACCAUCUGAGAAUGUACUCUGUUUGGCUGAUGUAUUAAUUUUAGAUUGUCUAUGUAAUCUGAUUCUUCCCAGGAUAAAAUUCAGAAGGUGUGAAUAUUGUUGAUUUUUUA